GUGAGCAAUUUCUCUCUUCCCUUGUUCCCUCUCUAAAGUUCUAAACUUGGCUGGCUCUUCAUUACUAACAAAUUCGAAACUCAAAAUUGAACCUCUCGGCUGUUACUUUUGGACUGUUUGGAGAACUGAAGAAGAUGGUGUUCUUGAGCUGGGCUCGGCCAUCUCCAAAAGACCAGAAGUCUUGUAUUGAAAGGUCAGAUACUUUUAACUAUGAUGUUAAACAUAGAGGAGCUAGUGCCAAGCCCUUUUCUUUCCUCAAAGAAGAUAAGGGGUUAUCACAAGAUGGAUUUUUCCUCAACCACACACGGGUAUUGGUUGGUUCUGGAGUUGACACUUACGAAAAGGGCAAGAGCGCUCUUCAGGCUUGGAGGCAUUUUGGACUGAAUUGGGCGUUUGUUCAUCCGAAGACUCCAACUCAAGUUGGGACCAAGUUUUGUGUUUGUGUAAAGGAGUUUCUGCCUUGGGUCAUGUUGCCCCUAAAGGUUGUGUAUGUUGAUGAGAAGAGAAUAAGUAAGCGGGUUACGCCCUCUUUUAGUUUUGGAAGUGGUACCCUUCAAGGUCACUUGCUGGCUGGGGAAGAACGUUUCUCAAUUGGACUUGACGAGAACAACCAAGUGUGGUACGAGAUAAUGUCCUUCUCCAAACCUGCCAGUGUUCUGUCCUUUGUUGGCUACCCAUAUGUAUUGCUCAGGCAAAAGUAUUUUGCCCAGCAAUCUGCUAACGCAGUUCUAAAACAUCUGAAUGCUUCCAAGUCCUAGUUCAUAUAAAUUUUUUUCUAAAACUGCAAUAUCUUUUACUGCAUCAAAUUCUCCAACAGAAACAUAUGUAAAUUUAUGAUGGUGUACACAUAAUACUACUGGAAUUACUUCUUUUUGUAUUAAUAAUCUGUACUUUUCGAAUAUUAAGGGCAUUCAUAGUCAAUUCCAAGAAGAUAAAAGAAAAC